UGGUAAGGGUAAUAGAAGGGAAGGUGUGACUAAACAGUUCAGCUGCCUCACCAAGGCUGUGAUAUUUGUGAUAUAACUGUUGCUGGCUCAGACAUCUAAAUACUUUUUUUAUAUAUUUGUAUGAGAAGUAAAAGAGGAAGCUGAGAAUGCUCCAGAAGAAACUGCUUCCUGGUUUCGGCUUGUUUGUUUUAAUAGAUUCCUGCCGUGGCAGGCUAUCAGUCUUACAUUCAUAUUCCUUGGUCCUGUGUAAGUAAUAAAUUGAGCAAUGCAUCCCUCUAUGUACUUAGUUUUUCUGGCUGCUGCAUUAGUGAGGGCUGCCAGUAACUCUGGGAAUGCCACUGUGGAGCUAACACUGGAUCUGAAGACAAAGAUUAAAUCCUCAAUAAACCCACGAUUCCUUUCUGUAACUGUUGAUGGCAGCCUUGCCUCGGAACCUAAGUACAUUGCUUUCCUUAGGUCACAGAAAUUAAUGACCUUAGCCAGAGGUUUAUCACCUGCUUAUCUUAGGUUUGGAGGAACAAAGUCAGAUUUUCUUUUGUUUGAUCCUUCAGAAAAUGAAUCCCAGGAACAUCUUACAACAAAUCAAGCUGUCAAAUUAUGUGAUCAAAGGACCCUUUCAGCUGCUGAAGAAAAGAUGCUACGUUCUCAUUGGCUGUUACAGGAACAACGAAUACUCAAGGAGAAUUUCAGGAAUCAGUAUACAAAUGCCACAAUUACAAAGAGCACUGUGGACAUGCUGUACAGGUUUGCAAACUGUUCAGGUUUACACCUGAUAUUUGGACUUAAUGCUUUGCUGAGGCAAGAUAACAAUGAAUGGAACAACUCCAAUGCCAAACUGCUUAUUGAUUACUGUUCCUUGAAGAAAUAUAAUUUAGCAUGGGAAUUAGGCAAUGAACCCAACAGCUUCAGGAAAAAGUCUGGAAUUUAUAUUAGUGGCUCCCAGCUUGGCAAGGAUUUUGUGAACUUACACAACCUUCUCAGCAAUUAUCCAAGCUAUCGGGACUCUGGGCUGUUUGGACCUGAUAUUGGCCAACCCAAAACACAGUCACAGAAGAUGCUCAAAAGUUUCUUAGAAACUGGAGGUGAUAUCAUCAAUUCAAUUACUUGGCAUCACUAUUAUGUCAGUGGUCAAACUGCAUCUGAGGAGGAUUUUAUCAGUGCAGAUAUACUGGACACACUUGUCUCGGAGAUACAGACAAUAUUCCAGAUAGUAAAUGAGAGUGUGCCAGGGAAGCACGUAUGGUUGGGUGAAACAAGUUCAGCCUAUGGAGGGGGAUCCCCUGGAUUAUCUAAUACAUACCUCGAUGGCUUCAUGUGGUUGGAUAAACUAGGAAUCGCAGCAAAAUCGGGAAUUGAUGUAGUGAUGAGGCAAGCACUCUUUGGCGCAGGAUCCUAUAAUUUGGUGGAUUUAAAUUUUGAACCCUUACCAGAUUACUGGUUGGGUUUGUUAUUUAAGAAGCUUGUUGGAUCCACUGUACUAAAUGCCAGUUUCAAAGGCACCAGUAGGAGUGACAGGAAGCUUCGUGUUUAUAUCCAUUGCACAAACAACAAUAACUCUAAAUAUGUUGCAGGAGAUGUUACCCUUUUUGCUUUGAACCUGCAUGACACCACAAAGAACAUGCAGUUACCGAGUUCCCUAUCAGGAAAAUUUAUUGAUGAAUAUCUGCUUUUACCUGCUGGGAAAGAAGGGCUACAUUCUGCAACUGUGCUCCUGAAUGGCGAGGUUCUGAAAAUGGUUGAUGAUAAAACACUGCCAACUUUAAAUGGAAGGCUACUGGUUCCUGGCACUACCCUUGUCUUACCCCCUCUCAGUUUUGCCUUCUAUGUAGUAAGAAGUGCUAAGGCAAGUGCCUGCCUGUAAGACCUGGAAAAGAUUUUUAUACUGGAACAUUAUUUCAGUACAGAUUAAAUUAUUUUAUGGACCAGCA